UGCUAGUGGCGAUCUAGCAGCGCGUGUAAACAGCUGUACAUGCUGAAACUAGAUGACAUAGACGUCGGACUCUGAUUGGUUAGUCGACCUGUCACUCAAAUGAUUGCAUCAUGCUGAUUAUAAUAUGGAGAAAGACCCGUGAGAUUUCGCAACGAGGCUUUGUGUGGAAAGGUUUUCCUGUAAGCUGCUUGUGGUUAUAAAACCAUUUCCAAACGGGAUAGAAGUUUGGCGAAGAUUCUAUAAAUUCCAGGAAUCACACGCUUCAGGUCCAACAGGUGGUAGAAAUCAUGACAACCCUGGGCUGGAUCCUGAAUAGAGAAAAAUCGAGACUGAUUCCAGAAAAGAAACAGUUCCUGGGAAUCUUACUGGAUUCAGUGUCUGAGAUCCUUCCUAACCUCAGAAAAAAUUCAGAAAAUAAGGUUAUCAAGCAUUUUUGCAUUCACAACACUUGAAAAUGAAUAUAUCUCCAUCUUCUUCAGAUGAUGGUCUCAAUAAUUCACACCUGAGUAGUCCACCAACUCCCCAGCUUGUAACAUUAAAUCCAGAAGGAGGUGGAAAAGCUACUCCUCCAAGUAAAAACAAGAAAGUACAGAGGAUGGAUCGUGGCAGUGAGGAGUACCGCCUACGAAGGGAACGCAACAAUAUGGCUGUGAAGAAAAGUAGACUGAAAAGCAAGCAAAAAGCCCAAGAUACACUACAACGGGUCAAUCAGUUAAAAGAGGAGAAUGAGAGGCUGGAGGCCAAAAUAAAGCUAUUGACGAAAGAGUUAAGUGUAUUGAAGGACCUUUUCCUAGAGCAUGCACACAACUUAGCAGAAAGUGUACCACAAGAGACUUCUGCAGCAGGGCAGGAGAAAUCAACGUAAUUUGUAGUACAUUAUAUUAAUUGGUGGCAGAAUUCAAAACAGACACUUGUACAGAAAAAAAGCCUUGAGAGUUAAUGGAUUAUUCACAAAGUAGUACUUCAACUUGUAUAUAUUGUAUGUGACUAGACCUGGGAAUUUAGAUGUUAUAACAUUUCUUAAUUCUUUUUUUCAAAGAGGUUCUCCAGGAAUAAUUUAAAAUGGUAGCAAGCAACCUGUCUUAGAAUAUGUGCAGGAAUGGUUGCCACUACUUGCAGAGCUGCCUGGUGGGUAAUGGGGAGGGGGGGGGGGGGGGGGCAGGGCAGGCCUCACUAUACACUAAAUUCUAGCACUUGCUUAUACUAUACAGUGGUGAGCGUACUUGCCAGGCUGCUUAGCAAUGAUGGCAUAUCGUAGGCAGGAUUGCAUCAUCUCUAUUUAUUGUAGAGCAGUGUAGUGUGGGCCCACCCCCUUACCCACCUAGUAAGUUCUGCAAGUGGUGGUAACCAGUCCUGCUCACAUUGUAGGACGGGUUGUUAGUUGCUGUUUUAAAAUCAUUCCCAGAGAAUCCCUUUUAAGCAAAACAAAAAAUUAUGUUAAAAACUAUUUUGAACUUCAAAUUAAGUUAUGGUUCACAUUUGUGUAUGAGGCGAAGUUACAGAUUUAUUCAGAUUUUAGAGGAAAGACAUGAAUGGUGUUUUUCCUGUAGGGCCUCAUGAACUUCAUUGUCAGACAAUGUGUCUGUAAGUGCCUUGUGGUGUUUGACAGAUCCAACACUGUGUUCUGGAUUCCAUGAUAAACAGAAGCUCUAAAACCAAACUUAAAGGUAUUUUCUGGUUUGCAUCAAUACCCUUUAAAAUAAUUGACGGUAGCUGUAAUUUUGUAAUGUAUUUUUUAUCUUUUAAUGCAUUUAUCUUCCGUUCUGGGCUAUAGUCACAUGGCCAUGCAACUCUUUCUUACUUCUUAUGUUAUAUCCAUGAACAUGUCAAAGCAGCAACAGGGACAGUGAUCGAGGAGUGUGUCUAUGUAACUAGAUGGACUGGAGGAGCUAUAAACUAGCUGGGGCAAUGCUGGAGCUGUGACAGAGACAUCAUCAUAAGUUUGCUUGGAUACAGCAACAGGAAGUGCUACAUGCAAGAUGUAAUCAAACCAAAGUUAUUUGUCUACAUAUUGAAAAUGUGUCAGGAGAGUCUAAAUUGAAAAAAAUAAAAUAAAAUCACAGGAAAGGUG